ACCCACAGAAAGAAGAUGAAGGUGAUAACAUGCUGACUGAACUUAAGUAUAAUCUUCGGCUUCGACAUCCAUGUUUUAUGUCAAGAGAAAAGACAGAUCACAUCAGUGCGAAGAAAUGGGAUCUGAUCGUGGGAUCAUGGACCGAGUAUCCUAUGCUCAUCCCUUGACGUUUGGCUCGUCUUUGAACAACCAGUGUUUCCCCUUCAAAGACGCUCUGAAAAAUCCCCAGAAUGACCCAGAGCAAGUCAACCGUCAACGGUACAUCGGAGGCUUUUCCUACCUGUCCUACCAUGGGAACUUCAGUGUGCAUGACCUCUCCUCGGAACCUGCAUUCAUCCACAGACGUAACGAGAGAGAGCGGCAGAGAGUCCGCUGUGUCAAUGAGGGAUAUGCCAGACUCCGCGAACAUUUGCCACAGGAAUUUGAGGAUAAGAGACUCAGCAAGGUAGAGACACUGCGGGCGGCCAUAAGCUACAUUAAACACCUGCAGGACCUUCUGGAGCUCAGUCUUUCUUAGGGAAUGUCAGGGCAGAGGAACUAUUCAUUGUUUUGUUACUUUUAAUGUGAUGAAGCUUGAACAAAUGUAAUGCGUCCCAGAUGAUACACUCUUUAACCAAUGUCUUUGUUUGCAUACUUGAUUCUGAAAAUGUUCAUGAUUUCCUUUCAGGAGCAUGCACAGGUACGCUCUUAGAAAAAAAGGGUAUAGCGUUCUUUACUCAACUCCAAAGGACAUUUUAUGCUAAAAAAGGUUCUAUA